GCUCUGUUGCCCAACAAUGGGGUCAGCGUUGCCCCAGGCGACCCCUUCCAGACAGCCCUGUUCUCCCCCUAAUGACCAAGAACCAUGUAAUUCUCCUCCUGCUGACACCACCGCCUUGCGGAUUACCUCCAGCUGAGUGAGAUUUAGCAGUCUGGGGCGGGAAGGCACCAUGUCCCUGGAGAGCAGAAUGGAGGGCUUUAGACCGGAGAAGUACCUCACUGACGUGAUACCACAUUCCUGCGGCUCUCCCUCUUGCCCCCGCCGCUGGCAGUUACGGAGCUCCUGGAGCUACAGGCUGGAGCCAGAGAGCACAAUGCUGGAGAAGAUUCGGAAGGCGCUCACGAUUCGUAGCGUUACCGUCAGGGAGAUGCUGGCAGAAGCACUGGGGAUGUUCGUCCUCAUGGUCUUUGGCUUGUCUACUGUGGCACAAGUGGUAUUAGGAAAUGGAAACUACGGGCAGCAACUGAGCAUCAAUUUAGGAUUUGGCAUUGGUGUUACUCUGGGCAUCCAUGCAUCUGGAGGAAUCUCCGGAGCUCAUCUGAAUGCUGCCAUCACCCUCACACACUGCAUUUUAGGAAACCUCCCCUGGAGAAAGUUACCAGCUUAUGUGAUCGGCCAGUGCCUGGGCUCCUUUGUGGCAUCAGCCACUGUCUUUGCCAUGUACUACGAUGCUCUGUAUGACUAUACCCAGGGGAACUUUACGGUGACAGGACCAAAUGCCACAGCAUCGAUCUUCUCCACUUACCCUGCUCCCUAUAUGUCCGUGCUUGGGGGCUUCUUCUCAGAGUUUGUGGCGACAGCGAUGCUGCUCCUGGGCAUUCUGGUCAUCCACGAUGAGAAGAACAACGAAGCCUUGAAAGGCACACAGGCCUUGCUCACGGGUCUCCUGGUCGUAGGCAUUGGCUUGGGGAUGGGGAUGAACACCGGCUACGCCCUAAACCCCUCCCGGGACCUGCCCCCCAGGAUCUUCACAGCGAUUGCUGGCUGGGGAAUUGAAGUCUUCACGGCUGGACAUUACUGGUGGUGGGUCCCACUCACAGCUCCGUUAGUAGGAAGUCUUUUUGGUGUUCUCAUCUACAAAAUCUUCGUUGAUUUUCACAACAAACCUGUCCUGGAAAGUGGAAAUGAGAAAGGAGUCAUGGAGUCUUCCACGCUUUGACACCUCCAAGGGGAAGGCCUGACAGCAAAGUGUGCAUGGACAUAUGGAUUGAUAGCCAAGGGGUACACAAGGGGAUAAGGACAUGUGCAAUGGUGGUGCUGGAGAACACUGUUUUUCCACCAUGCAGGUGGAAAAAUGAGACACAUUUUCAAUAAACCUACUCUGCUUAACCAGACAAACUGGGUCUCUGAGACACUGGGCAGACCUGGGUAGGGCUACACCUCUCUGUGACCAAAUAAAUUACUCAUCUCCUUGUGUAAAAAUCUACCAAAAAAUAGUCACUCUGGGGAAAAGCAAAGUACAGCUGCA